GGGCGGGGGCCGCGAGCGGGCCGAGCGGGCGGGCGGGCGCGUGGACGCGGACCUGCGGGCCCGACAGCCGUGGCCGUGGGCCUUCCCAGCCCCGCUGGGCCCCUGGUGCGCAGGGGGACGCAGCCUCUGCCGCCGGGGGAUGCUGUGGGAUUCCUGGCGCCGGGCAUCCGGGCUGCCCUCUAACCCCCUGUGCCCACCCAGUGCCCCUGGGGACCCGGGAGCCGGACGGCCGGGAGCGGGACGCGAGCGCCGGGAGGGGAGGGCGCUGCGGGCCCCUGGCGCGCGGGCAUGGAGCGUUUAGGAGAGAAAGCCAGCCGCCUGUUUGAGAAGUUAAGGCUCUCGGACUCCGGCAGCGCCAAGUUCGGCCGCAGGAAGGGUGAAUCGAGCCGGUCUGGGUCUGACGGGACCCCCGGGCCGGGCAAGGGGCGCCACGGUGGGUUGGGGGCACCUAGGAAAUCGGGGCCCCGUGGAGCUACCGGGGGAGCCGGGGAUGAGCCGCUGGAACCAGCCCGCGAGCAAGGCCCCCUAGACGCGGAGCGGAACCCGCGCGGCUCCUUCGAGGCGCCGCGCUACGAAGGCUCCUUCCCCGGGGGGCCGCCUCCCACCCGGGCCCUGCCGCUACCUCAGUCACUGCCCCCCGACUUUCGGCUGGAGACCUCAGCCCCCGCCUUGAGCCCCCGCUCCAGUUUUGCCAGCAGCUCGGCCAGCGACGCGAGCAAGCCGUCCAGCCCGCGGGGCAGCCUGCUGCUGGACGGGGCGGGGGCCGGGGGCGCGGGAGGCAGCCGGCCCUGCAGCAAUCGGACCAGCGGCAUCAGCAUGGGCUACGACCAGCGCCACGGCAGCCCCCUGCCCGCCGGCCCGUGCCUGUUCGGCCCACCGCUGGCGGGGGCUCCGGCCGGCUAUUCCCCUGGAGGGGUCCCGUCCGCCUAUCCCGAGCUGCACGCGGCCCUGGACAGACUGUGCGCGCAUCGGCCCGCGGGCUUCGGCUGCCAGGAGAGCCGCCACUCGUACCCGCCCGCCCUGGGCAGCCCCGGCGCGCUGGCCGGGGCCGGAGUGGGAGCGGCAGGGCCUUUGGAGAGACGAGGGGCGCAACCCGGGCGACACUCGGUGACCGGCUACGGGGACUGCGCCGCGGGCGCCCGCUACCAGGACGAGCUGUCGGCGUUGCUGCGCCUGACGGCGGCCACGGGGGCGCGAGAAGCCGGCGCCCGCGGGGAGCUGUCCGGGAUCGAGCCGUCGGGUCUCGAGGAGCCGCCGGGGGCGUUCGUGCCCGAGGCCAGCCGGGUGCGGAUGCGGGAGCCGGAGGCCAGAGAGGACUAUUUCGGCACCUGUAUCAAGUGCAACAAAGGCAUCUACGGGCAGAGCAACGCCUGCCAGGCCCUGGACAGCCUAUACCACACCCAGUGCUUUGUCUGCUGCUCCUGUGGGAGAACUCUGCGCUGCAAGGCUUUCUACAGCGUCCACGGCUCCGUGUACUGUGAGGAAGACUAUCUGUUUUCAGGGUUUCAGGAGGCAGCUGAGAAGUGCUGUGUCUGUGGUCACUUGAUUUUAGAGAAGAUCCUCCAGGCCAUGGGGAAGUCCUACCACCCAGGCUGCUUCCGGUGUGUCGUCUGCAACAAGUGCCUGGAUGGCAUCCCCUUCACCGUGGACUUCUCCAACCAGGUGUACUGCGUCACCGACUACCACAAGAAUUACGCCCCCAAGUGUGCGGCAUGCGGCCAGCCCAUCCUCCCCUCCGAGGGCUCUGAGGACAUUGUGAGGGUGAUUUCUAUGGACCGAGAUUACCACUUCGAGUGCUACCACUGUGAGGACUGCCGGAUGCAGCUGAGCGACGAGGAGGGCUGCUGCUGCUUCCCUCUGGACGGGCACUUGCUUUGCCACGGCUGCCACAUGCAGCGGCUCAGUGCCCGACAGCCCCCAACCAACUAUAUCUGAACUGCAGUCCUCGUAGCUGCUGUCGCCACCCUUGACAAACCCCUCUGGCCGGGGGGGCCUUUCCCAGGAGCCAGGCGAGGAAGGUGCUGCGGGCCUGGCGGAGGAGUCCUCUGGGGAGCCCCCAGGGGCCAGAGACCCAAAGAUCAUGACAUUCCAAAUGGACUGUGGAGGAGGAGCGCGCAGUGGCCGGGGCGAAGUGUCCGGCCAUCUCCCCGUGUCGUGCAGGGCAGGCGCACACAGGCAGGGCCCAGCGCCUCCUGGGGUGCUGAUUCUAGACUGUCCGGCAUCCUUGUGCGCGCGAGUCAAGCAGUAUUCGGGGUCUGGAUUACAGCAGAGAGGAAAGUGUGGGUGCUCCUCACCCUUGGGCCCCACGUCCGGCAUCAGGCAUGCAGGGUCAGCGAGGUUCUGACACCGGUAACUUAUCUCUGUAUCUGGAUGAAGUGGUGGAAACUCUGGACCUUAUUAAAUGUGUCAUUUCUUUUUUUUUUUUCCCCCUGAUUUUUGGGCCACUCCCACUGGUGCUCAGGGGUCACACCCGGAGAUGCUUGGAGGAGAUUCCCCACUGUGUUUGGGAGACCAGGCUGUACCCACCCACCCCCCGCCCCCCAGGUUGAAUCAGGGCCUCCAGCAUGCAAAGCAUGUGACUCCAGCCCCACUGAGCCAGCUCUCUGGCCCCUAAGUGAGUUAUUUCUUGGUUGCCUCUCUCUGUGGAUUGGGAGGGCUGUUGUGUGCCCCUCAGCUCGGUGAUGGGAGGGGGGGUCUCUGCCUACCUGCCUACAUGAUCUGUUUCUCAGGGACUCAAGUGGGCCUAGGAGGGAGGUGGGUGCCUGUACUUGGUCCCUCUUCUCAGAUGGGGCAAGUGAGGAGUGGGUCUCCGGGUGGGCAGUCUGCGAGCACUGCGCCUGCUGUGAGGGGAGAGCCGCCUGGGCACACUCACGCAUACACUCGCACUCACACUCCGUCUCAGGUGGCAGCACCCUGACACCUGGCUCUCCCGCACCAGUGCUAGGUCUGGCACCACAGAGGUAUCGAGCACCGAAUCCCGUGUAGCUCCCCAGGGCCAGGGACCGACAGGGAUCACAGCGAGCUGGUUUGGGGCAGUUUGGCUGCAAUUACUUCACCCAACACUAGAUCCCUUAUAACAAUUCACUGUGGAAAAUUCAUUUGCUUAUAAGUUUAGUUCCCUUAAUGACCCAUUGCCAAAUGCUUCAUUCCUUUUUUGGUUGUUCUUCUAUCCAUUUAGAUGACCUUAUUUUUGUUUUGUUUUGUUUUGUUUUUGUCAUGCUUUGGGUAUUUCAAGGAUUUAUAUCUAUCCAUCGAAGAAUAUUUCUGAAUUAUCAGCAACAUAAAUUUAUCAAAUUUGCAGCACUUUGUAAAUGAUGAGAUUGCUUCUCCUGCCUUUGUGGAUAUCUUUUUCUAUGUUAUUUACUUUUCAAACACUUUUUUAAAAAAGUUUAAAGUUCCUAGCAAUAAAUAUGAUUGGUACAGAUA